UCCUGUCUGACCCUCCUGUCUCCCCAGCCUGUCUUGCCCCACACGGCGGUGUGCUUUGCGUGCGGCGAGGCCGGGAAGGAGGACACGGUGGACUCUGAGGAGGAGAAGUUCAGCCUCUCUCUGAUGGAGUGCACCAUCUGUAACGAGAUCAUCCACCCCAGCUGCCUGAAGAUGGGGAAGGCUGAAGGCAUCAUCAACGACGAGAUCCCAAACUGCUGGGAGUGUCCCAAGUGCCACAAGGAGGGCAAAACCAGUAAGGACCAGGCGGACGGCCUGGGCAAGCGGCGGCUGGAUAACGGGGAGGUGGGCCGCUGGAAGCUCACAGACGACCCGCCCCCGAAGAAGAGGGCCCCUCCCUCCCUGGAGGAGGGGGGGGGGCACAAGAGGAAGAAGGAGCUUCCUCAGGACAGCGGGCCCAAGAAGAAGAUGAAGGGCGCCCAUGAGAAACGCCUCAAAAAGAAGCCCAAGCAGCAGGAGGCGCUGGAGUCCAACGGUCCCGCCUCCUCAGCAGGAGGCUCCGCCCCCUCCGAAGGGGGCGUGUCCAGUGCCGACCAGCGCUCCCACCACCGGGAGAAGCUGGAGCGCUUCAAGAGGAUGUGUCUGCUGGAGCGCCGGCCCGAGUCCUCCUCCUCCAGCUCCAGCUCCGAGUCCGACUCCGACUCCGACGACUCCCUCGGGGGGGAGCGGGCGGGGGGGGGCGGCUCCUCGCCCUCCUCCUCCUCCCCGGCCCCGCCUCCUCCCGCCGUCUACGGCAGCAGGGGGGCGGACCGAGAGAGGAGUCUCAGCGAGAGGGAGAGGGAGCGGCGCCUGGCCGAGCUGGGCUUCAGCGCCAGUGAGGAGUCGGAGGGCGAGGGCGUGAGGGAGGAGGAGGAGGAAGAGGAAGAAGAGGAGGAGGAAGAGGAGGAGGAAGAAGAAGAAGAAGGGGAGGAGGAGGAGGAGGAGGAAGAGGAGGCUCGACGGGGAGGUGCAGAGGUGGGGCUCCCUCCACGAGGACGUAAAGGAGGUCUGCUGGAUGCAGAGGAGGAGGACACGCCCCCCUCCGACAGGACCAGGAAGAGCUCCGCCUCCCUGCCCCCGUCAUCGCCCCUCUCCUGUAAUCAGAUGCCUCCGUCUUCGCAGCACGACGGCUUCACCGGGAAGCAGCGCAGCAACGGGCAGGAGGCGCGUAACGGGCGAACACGAGGGGGCGGGAGGGAGGGCGGCGAGAAGGAGAACGCCAGCGGCGUUCUGACCAAUCACAGACAUGGGGGCGGGGCCAAAGGCAGCGGCAGCCGAGGCAUUAAAAUUCGCAGCAAGAACCAGACGUCCAGUAACGGGUCCAACGGAGGAGGGGGCGGGGCGGGGGGCGGCGGCGGCGGCCUGGCCACGGCGGUGUCCCCCUGCUCGCUGCCCUCCCGCCUCGCCCCGCGCUCUCAGAUGAUGAAGCGCAGCCCGCCCGCCGUCCCCUCGCCGCCCCGGCCCGUGCAGAUGGAGAGGCACCUGGUGCGCCCCCCCCCCACCUGCCCCGAGCCCAGCUGCCUGCCCCUGGACACAGGCUCCGCCCACAUCAUGACGCGUGACGUGUGGCUCAGAGUCUUCACUCACCUGAGCCAGAGGGAGCUGUGCGUCUGCAUGAGGGUGUGUCGCACCUGGAGCCGUUGGUGCUGUGACAAGCGGCUGUGGGCCCAGAUGGACCUGAGCCGGCGCCGCUCCAUCACCCCCCCCAUGCUCAGUGGGAUCAUCCGCCGGCAACCGGUGGCCCUGAACCUGGGAGACACCGACAUCUCCAAGAAGCAGCUCAUGUGGCUCAUCAACCGCCUCCCCGGUCUGCGGGAGCUGAACGUGUCGGGCUGCCCGUGGCUGGCGGUCUCCGCUCUGUGCCAGGCGGUCUGUCCGUGUCUGAAGCUGCUGGACCUCAGCAGAGUGGAGGACCUGAAGGACUCCCACCUGAGGGAGCUGCUGGCCCCGCCCCCUGACACCAGGACAGCUCACGGUGAGACCAGAGUGGGGCGGUUCCAGAACGUGACGGAGCUCCGAUUGGCCGGCCUGGAGCUGACGGACGCCUCGUCCCGCCUCCUGGCGCGCUACCUGCCUCACCUGAGCCGGCUGGACCUGAGCCAGUGUGGCAACAUCAGCGACCAGGCGGUGCUCACCCUCACCUGCUCCACCUGCCCCCUGAGGGACAGCCUCACCCACCUCAACCUGGCAGGCUGUGUGAAGGUGACGGAGCAGUGUGUGUCGUUGCUGCGGCGCUGCUCCUCCCUGCAGACGGUGGACCUCCGCUCCUGCUCGCUCCUCUCCUGUGAGACGGGUCAGCUGCUCUCCUUCCCUCCACCCGCCGUCUCCUCCUCCUCCUGUCCUCCUGAAGACAGAGCGCUGCUAAAGAACAGUUAAAGUUCUCCUCGUAUCAUGUGACACUCCAGUCAUUGGUCCAGAUGGCCCACAAGCCCCGCCUCCCUCCUGGUUACGCUACAGACAGGCAGGAGGAAGAGGAGGGGCCGCCUCCUGGAGGAGGGGCUGCUGGGCAAGUGGUUGGUGAUGGUAAACAGUAGAAACCCUGAGCAUGUACAUAUUUUGUGUCUGUGUAGUUUACUGUAAAUGACCUUUGAAACAUCUCUCUCUCCCUCCCACCUUCGACCAAUCAUCAUGCCAGUCAUCCACCUCCUCGUCACACACACAAACUGUAUAUGGUUCCCCUUGGCUUCCAGUCUUUGUGCUAAGCUAGGCUAGCAGUGUGCCUCUGCGCCCCUCGUUGUGCUCAGCUUCCCUCCCUGUGUGUGUGUGUGUGACGUCCUCCUCUUCAUCACCUUCAUGCGCCUGUGAUCGGGUUAUUUUGGGAAGUUAUUGAUUGUGUUUUCUCAGGAGUUUGUUCUUAAUUUAUUUUGUGCCUCCAGAACUCACAUUCCCGCUCGUCUUCCUCCGAUGAAGACGCUCAGAUGACGUUUGGGUUGAAUCCGUUUCUGACCUAUAAGGUGGAAUAAAAGUGAACAUUAGUGAUUAGCUUUGUUAUAAUAUAUAAGAGUAAAGACUUUAGUUUAAUAUCUCAGUUCUGACUUUUAUUCCAUCUUUUCCUGUGUUUUGGGGUGAGGUUAUUGAUCAUGAUGCAUAAUGUUGUAUUUUCUAAUCAAGCGGCCGAACACAUCGUGGAUUCUAAAUGUUUUGUCGGAGCAGGUUUAUACUGGCUAGCAUGUUGGUUAGCAUGUUAACUUCAUAGUAGCUGUCGCGUUAGCGCUGCUGCACUUUUCUCAACAGACUCGUGAAACAGGUUUUAGACUGAGUCACCGGCUAGUCAACAUUAGCCGGAAAGCUAAUUAUUUAGCUAUAGUGCUAAUUAAAUUAAUUAACAACUUAUUACAGAGCUUCAAACUAAUUAGCUCAUUGGUCAGUUUAGAUAACAAGCUAAUACUGACUUGCUACAUGUUAGCAUCAUGGUAGCAUGUUGGCUAGUUAAUGUUGUUCAACUCUGCAAUAAACAGUAAAACUUAAAGAAAUCAGUGAACAGAUCAAAGUACUGUCUUCAGCUAGCAACCAUUAGCUAACACUAGCUAGCUCAUUAAGAUGGUUAUUGUGGGUCUUUUCUUGUGAUCGGCUCAUUGAUUAGCUCGUUGGUGAGCUGGGGAAACGCCCCCUAGCAUCAUCUGGGAUACGUUAGCGUUAUCUUGUUCAUUAGCUAAUACUGGCUCGCUACAUGUUAGCUAACAUGCUACCAUAAAGCUAACAGACUAAACCAUUGUGAUGAUCAAUACGUAUGUGUUGCUGGUCAGAAGCUGAAACACUGACAACGUGUUGGUGGAGCUAGCGGCUAGCGGCUAGCUGUCUGCAACACAAAGUAUGAGCUGGAUAUUAAAUUGCCAUAAACGCCGCGUUGCCGUCGGCAUCGGAGGGUCAAAGGUCUGCUUUUAUAUUUUUUGUAUUCUGUUUGUGAUUUACUUGUUUUUUAUUGUAACUUGGGGAUCAAUGAUUCAUAUCGCAGCUUCAAACUUUACCUAGCAACAAGUGAGGAGAUCAAAUCUGAUUGGACGACAAAUCCCCUGACAGCUCUUGUCCAAUCGGAUGCUCAGACACGCCUCACCUCCUGACUGUCUUCAUGUUUUAAAGAUGCACUGGAUCACCUUCAUCACCUUUUGCCAAAUGUAGUUUUUGUUGUGGAAAAGAGGCAUUUUAUGUUUAUUUUUGUAAUACUUUGUCAUGACUUCUGUUGAUGAGAAAUGUUGAACAAAAAGUCUGAAAGAGCAACUCCAGGCAGCUACGAGACUACGAACAAUAAAGAAGCCCCGGCUCUUUGUA